ACCAAGCCCCGCCCUCUUAAAACCUAAAAAAAAAUCCCGUGGUUCGAAACACGAGUGCUCCAAUUUCUUGUACUUGUCCGUCUCGUUCGUGCUCUUAACCUUGUUUUGAGCAAGUUGGCAUUAGUUUCUGCCCAUUUUUCAAACAUGUCCCAACAACUGCCGUGCCCUUCGGAAGCGUCUCGGAGUGCCGAUCGAGCUGGGCUUUGACGACGAGGGGAGGGACAGAAAAAGAAAAGGGGGAAAAAGUGUUGUCAUCUCGGCGCCGUCAACAAACAUGGCUACUCGUCGUCUAGCACCAACCGAACCAGGUCGGCUCUCCUUCCUCUUCGUCUUCUUUUUCUCACUAAAAGCUUCCAAAGUCUUUGGCCGAAGGAUUUGAUUAGCCUGAAGCGAGCCGAGGCUGUUGCUGGACGUGGUGGGGAGCCAUGGAUCCGCUGCACAGAGAGUUUCUGCAAAAGUGUCAUCACAACUUGGCAGAGUCCGUCACCGACGCCGACCAGCUCGUGGAGGUCCUGUCCCGGGGAGGCACGCUGAGCACAGCCGAGCGACACGAACUGACCCUCGGCAGCGGCGCCGGCGGGGAGAAAGUGGAGCUCCUCGUCAAGAUUCUGCUCCGCAAGGACCGAGACCACUUCGCCGACUUCUGCUCAGCCCUGGAGGAGACCAACCCGCACCUGCACUCGGUGCUGCACACCGGUACCGGCACCACUCCCGGGCCCUUGGACCACAGCACCGGCAGCACACGUGACAAGCCGUCGCGACGAUGCGCUAAAGAACAGCAAAAGUGGGCAGAGUCGACACGGCGGACAGGUUCUUCCGGGUCGGCGUCCAGCGUCUUGUCCGCCAUGCCCUCGGAUUCCGAGAGCAGCGGCUCCCUCAGCAGCGCCGGUACGCCAACUCCGAACUCUUCGCCACCGCCGCCGCCGGCCUACGCGGAUGCUACGCGGCCGCACGACAAGAUGGACACGCUCCUGUUCCAGCUGCGCCACGUGACCCGGGAGCGUGACGAGCUCCGCAAGCGGCUGGCGCUCUCCUCGCCCGGGAGCACUUUUGACGACUGCAGGCCCAACUGGAAAGCGGGCCACGACUACGAACGUCUCAAGCUGCAGUGCAUGAAGGCCAUGGGCGAGCUGCAGUCGCUGCAGAACCAGCACAGCGGCACCCUCAAGAGGUGCGAGGAGGCCGUCAAGAAGGCAGACUUCUACCACACGCUGCACAGCCGGCUGGCGGGCGAGCAAGGCCAGCUCAAGGAUGAGCUGGAGGCGCUGAGGCUGGACAACGUGCAACUGCGGCGCCAGCACGACCACGCCAAGCACAACUGCGAGGAACUGCGCCGACUGCGAGACGACCACCAGCGAGAGGUGGCCGACAUGCGCCUGCUGCAUCGACAGGCCAUUCGGGAAGGCUCCUCGGACGCCCUCAACAAGUUGUACGACUCGGCCGUGGACAAACUGGAGAGCGUGAGGAGCGACUACGAGGGCCUUCGCAAGCGCUACGACGACGAGACGGCCGACCACAACGCCGACCUGAGUCGCCUGGACCAUGCGCUGGAGGAGAAGCGGCGCCUUCAGAAGCAGCUGGACGUGCUGACCAAGCAGAGGGACGCCGCCGUCCUCUACCAGCAGCAGUACUCCUCGUCCAUACGCACGUUGGACCAGCAGGAGCUGUCCAAGGCGGCCACGCAGAACGUGGAGCUUCAGCGCGAGAUGGAGCGGCUGCAGACGGAGGCCACGCGCUUCAAAACACAGCAUCUUAAAGCGGCCAAAGAGUGCGAGAAGUACAAGGACGAGCGCGACUCGGUCAUCAGCGAGUACCGGCUGAUCAUGAGCGAGCGCGACCAGGUCAUCAAGGAGGUGGAGCGGCUCCAGUCCGGGCUGGAGCUGGCGGAGGCCAAGCUCAAGAACACGUCCUCGGAGCGCCGCGUGGCCAACGAGGAGCUGGAGGCCCUCCGACAGGAACUGGCGUCGUCGCUGAUGGACAGGGACCGAGCGCUCUGCGAGAAGAACGAGCUUCUGGAGAAGUACUGCCACGAGGUGAAGGACAAGGCAGAGGCGCAGAAGGAGCUGAGCCAGGCCUGCAAGGACAUGGAGACGGUCCGCGAGGAGCGAGACGUCGCCCGCAAGGAGAGGACCGAGGCCAUCGUCCAGCGGGACCGGCUGCUGCGCGAGUAUUAUCAGGCCAGACAGAAACAAGACUCGGCCACUAUGGACACAGAGCGAGCCAACAAAGAGAUCGAGAUGCUGAGGAAGCAAUACGAGGCCGUGGGGCAGGAGCUGAAGGAGGCUCUGCAGGAGGCCGAGGUGGCCAAGUGUCGUAGGGACUGGGCCUUCCAAGAGAGGGACAAGAUCGUGGCGGAACGGGAAAGCGUUCGCACCUUGUGCGACAACCUGAGACGAGAGCGUGACCGAGCCGUCAGCGACCUGGCCGACGCGCUGAGGAAUCUAGACGACACCAGGAAGCAGAAGAACGACGCCAUGCGGGAGCUCAAAGAACUCAAGGACAAAAUGGAGGACCAACUGGAAAAGGAGGCUCGCUUCCGCCAGCUCAUGGCUCACAGUUCGCACGAUUCCGCCAUCGACAUGGACACGGUGGAGUGGGAGACGGAAGUUGUGGAGUUUGAGAAGCGCAGGGACAUGGACAUGGAUUUGGAAGCGCUGGGCUUUGACAUCGCCGAGGGUGUGAACGAUCCUUAUUUACCGGGAGAUUGCGGCGUCUUUGUCACUAAGGUGGACAAAGGAAGUCUAGCGGAGGGCCGCUUAAGGGUGAACGACUGGCUGCUAAAGAUCAACAACGUGGACCUGACCAGCAAAGACGGGAAGCAGGCCGUCAAAGCCGUGCUGAGCGGCGAGGGCGUGAUCAAUAUGGUGGUCCGCCGCAGGAAGUCGUUGGGGGGCCGGGUCGCCGCUCCUGUCCAGAUAAACCUCGCCGGACAAAAAGACUGCGGCAUCUGCCUGGAAAGCGGAGUCUUUGUCGCCUCGCUGGCGCCGGGCGGUCCGGCGGUCCGAGACAAUCAUCUGGCAGUCGGGGAUAGGCUGUUAGCUAUUAACGGCAUCCCGCUGGAUAACAAGUCGCUGGCCGAGUGUGACGCUCUGCUGAGGACAUGCCGCGAGUCGCUCUGCAUCUCCCUCGCCAAGUUCCUGCCGCAGAGCUGCUCCGGCCAGAGUUUAUACGAAACUCUGAGGGACUCUGAGAAAGUCUGCAAAAGCUGCCGUAGCGCCGAACGCACGCAGGCCGACAGCUGUGCUUGCGAAUUGGGGUGCGGCGAGGACGACGGAGCGCGUGGCGACGGCGGCGAUGUCGCCGGCCUUCGUGGCGACUCGCUACACUCCCGCAGCCCCUCGGAACCCCUGGCGGACUUCGGCUACAGGAGGCGGGACCUCCACCGGCGGCCCUUCACCUUCACGCCCGCGUUGCCCCACUGCAGCGCUCCUGCGCCAAAGGCUGGCGGCGGCACUUGGCCCAAAGUCAUCGGCGGAGCGUCCGUUGCCGAGUGCGCACAGCUCUCCGUCUACAAGAGAGCCAAACAACGCAAGUCCAUCUUUGACGCAAACCCUUUCAGGAGAGCGGAAGCGCCUCCAAGUUUGGACUACGUCUCGCUUUCUCAGCUGCCCAGACACUCGCCCCAGAGCUCGCUGGCCGAAUCCUCCCAAGGUCCGCCCGGCGACACGUUCAGGUUCAAGCACUCGCAGCAGAGCAGCUCGGCGUCAGACUCCGCCGUCCCGGCUUCUCCCAAGCCCGUUACGGACGGGGAGGGCGGUCAGCAGCUCUACUACUCGGCCGAAGCUCCUCAAAGAGAGUCCAAGACGCCGGCGGAUGAUGACGGGAGUCCACACCGCGAGCCAGACAAGAGAAGGUACCGGCCCAAAUCGGCACCGGCGCUGCGGCGGAACGUGACACCGCUGCGUAUCCCGCCUCCCGUGCAGAUUCACCAUUUCUCCAACGACGAGCACUCCCCCGAGCCCAUGGAUUUGUUGCGCUUCUCCCCGAUGCGAAAUAAUCGCUACAGCAUGCACCUUGCGCCGCCCAGCUACAGCAGCGCCGUUGCACAACCGACGCAGCGAGGCUUAGCACCGAGUCCGGCGAAGAUCUCGGUGACGAGGAACGCAGUCUACCCGGGCCGGAAUAACCAGAUGCAGAGCGGCAAUUCCAACGUCCAAGUGCGGUCACUUGCAAGCGCCCAGCGUCACGGUCGCCACAGUGUGGACCUCUACCACAAGCUCACAGGGGACGUUGGCGAGAGCAGCCCGACGCCUCACGGCACCAACUCCCUCCCCUCCAGCGCCAGACUGGUCUCCCUGAGCGCGUUGCAGUUUAGGGCCGAGCGCAUUCGAAUCCCAUCGACUCGUUACCCGUGCUCCACUGGAUCCGAUGCAGGCUCCCGUUCCGAGUGCAGCUCGCCUGCAACGCCUCCCACGUCCCCCGUUGGCUCAGGCGGCAGUUUUUUUGUCAGUAGCCAAUCAGCGAUCUCCGUCCCCACACGGCUCAGGAUAUCCACCAGCCGGAAGGACAGGCCGUGUUCGGAGGAGCCGCGUAACUUAACGGUGCAGAAAGGAGCCGAGCCGCUGGGCAUCUCCAUCGUGAGCGGUGAGAACGGCGGUGUCUUUGUGUCCAAAGUGACUGCGGGAAGCAUCGCUCACCAAGCUCAUUUGGAGUACGGAGAUCAGCUCUUGGAGUUUAACGGCAUCAAUCUGCGCAAUGCCAACGAGCAGCAGGCGCGCUUGGUGAUCGGGCAGCAGUGUGACACGGUCACCAUUUUGGCUCAGUACAACCCUCACAUGUUUCAGCUGGGCAAUCACUCGCGAUCCAGCUCUCGCAUGGAGUCCGUCGGCAGCCGGCCGACCCCGCGGGACAGGGGCGCCAGUACCCCGGACGAGCGCUCCUUGAGCGACAGCAAGCAGGACGAGGGCAUGGCGACGCCCCCCUCCACGCGGGCCGCCGCCAGGCUUCCUGUCGGCGCUUUGCCUCGUCUGGUCAGGCUGAAGAGGGUCCAGGGCGAGCUGGGAGUGCAGAUCUGUGGAGGCAACCUCUACGGCAUCUUUGUGGAGAGCCUGGAUGAAGACAGCCCUGCUCAAACUCUCGAUGGCCUUCUGCCUGGAGACCUGAUACUGGAGUACAACGGCAUCAGCAUGAAGAACAAAACCAAAGAGGAGGCUUAUCUGGAAUUGUUGAAGCCGGCCGAAACGAUCACGGUCAAGGUUCAAAACUGCGUGGACGAGCUCGCCGCCGUCAGAGAGCUACCCGGAGAUGGAUUUUUCAUCCGAUCGCUUUACGAGAGAGAGGCCGACGUGGAGCUGGAGCUGAGCUUCAAGAAGGACGACAUCCUCUACGUGGAGGACACGCUGCCCAACGGCAACUUUGGCUACUGGAUGGCGUGGCGCCUUGACGAGAAGGCGCACAAGUUGGAGAGAGGGCAGAUUCCCAGCAAGUUCAUGAUGGAUCAGGAGUUCUACCGGAGGCACGGCCUGGCCGACGUCAAGGACGACGGCAGCGGUGGCAAAAGCAUGUCGGCCGCCGCCCGGAGGUCCUUCUUUCGCCGGAGGGUGAAGCACAAGCGCAACGGAUCCAAAGACGGCAAAGACCUGAUGGCAUCCGAAGCCAUGAUGUCCGAUUACUUGCCCAUGGCCGAAGAUGGCGCGUGCCUCGUCUAUCAGCGGGUGCAGAAGGUGGAGUGCUCAGCCCCCAGACCUGUGCUGAUCUUGGGGCCACUGGCCGAGGCUAGCAAGGACAUGCUGGUCAACGAGGCGCCCGCCAAAUUCAGUCGCUGUCCACCGGAGAUCAUGAAGGCGUCCCAGCAGGCUAUCGAGCGAGGCGUGAAGGACUGCGUCUUCAUCGACUUCAAGCGACGCAGCGGCCAUUUUGACGUCACCACCGUGGCCUCCAUAAAGGAGAUCACGGAGAAGGACUCUCACUGUUUGCUCGACAUUGGGGCGCACGCCAUCGAACGCCUCCACAGCGUUCAUGUCUACCCCAUCGUCAUUUUCAUCCGCUACAAAAAUGCAAAGCAGAUCAAAGAGCAGAAGGAUCCCUUGUACCUGCGGGAUAAACUCUCGCAGAAGCUCUCCAAGGAGCAGUUUGAGGCGGCCCAGAAGACGGAGCAGGAGUACAGCCGCUUCUUCACAGGUGUCGUGCAAGGCGGCAGCGUGUCCUACAUUUGCACUCAGAUUGUCACCAUCGUGGAGCAGGAGCAGAAUAAAGUUCUGUGGAUCCCCGACGGAGCGCCGUAAAACGGGUACCGAAGAAGAAAAAAAAAAAAAAUCUGCACAACUUUAUCAUCGGGGUAAAUGAACUGCUGACGCCACUGCCCGCGACCUCCACAAACACACCCAAAACCAGAGCGAUGUACUGUACCUCAAAUAGUUGUUGACGCUCGUAUAAAAUACGACAGCAAUAUGCGUUUCUAUCUAGAAGCACUCCUCGACACAAUCUGGAGCACCUUUGCCCCGCUCACCAGAUAUUUGUCUAUUUUUAUCAAAUCAUGGAGAUGGAGCUUAAUGGUAUUCAACAUAGCAGACUUUUUUUCCCCCCACCCUCUGUUCAUCAUUUCAGGCCUCACAUUAUGAUGUCAGCGUGCCACGCAUUUUAAAUAUAUUUAUUUCUACGCUACAAGUGUAAUACAAAGCACAUAACAGCAGCUUUUCACUUUGUGUGUGUUUUCUACUUGAGUUGUCAAUUGCGUUUUGCAUUCUUCCUUUAGCUGGGUUGCAUUAAAGGGAUGUUUGUCGGUUGUCCUGGUUAGCGACUCGCAUCUUCCAACAUUUCAUCUGUUGGAAUAACAAUCAUCUUUUUCUUUUGACUCUGAUUAAAAAGGGUACGGACGAUGACAUGGUCAAA